UGAUGACAGUUCGACAGUUGAUGGAUCAAAUGUUGAUUGAAUUUCAAAUAAAAUUUUUCUUGUGUUCUGCUGUUUUGUUGUUUACCAACUACCAACCAACAACAAUGUAUUUAAAAUUAACGGAGGGUCAUUGGAACGUCCUUUUAGAUUUUAUGGAGCACCACAGAGAAUUUGCAAAAGGACGGUUCUCUGGUCCUACAGGGAAAACGAUACAAAGAAAACUUUGGGAAGAGCUUGCCGAACUUUUAAAUGCAAUUGGUGCAGGAAGCAAGCCUGUUGGGAAAUGGCAAAAGACUUGGGCAGAUAUUAAAUACACUAUCAAAAAGAAGGUUGCUCUCAAAAGGAAAUAUGGAGGGGCAGAAGUAAAAGUUCUAAACCGACUGGAGGAACGGGUGGUGAAUAUUUUAGGGAAAACCUUUUAUGAAGGGGCCAGUGUAUCUAAGUGUAAAACUACUGAACAUGGGUAUUGUAAACCCCCCCAACCAAAUAUAAGACAAAUACAGUAUGUUGAAAAUAAGAUCAGCCAGGACACCUUGAUGGGUGAAUUGAGGGAAAUAAAAUUAGAAUUACGGGAACUUAAUAACAGCAUGUCAUCAAUUGCCAAUUCACUAACAGAACUAGUGUCAAAAAAGUGAAAUCUCCUUCCUCUUUUGUCUUAAGCUGGAAUAAGCAACUGGGAAUGAGACAUGCAUACCGUUGCAGCGUUGCCAUACUUAUCGCUUACGCCCGUUUAUAGGGACGACCAACAAACUGUCUAACGUCACAACCGAUACCGCCCGUUGAAAGAAUAAUUUAAAUUCUGCAGUUUUUAAUUGCUUAUACGCUCUGAGCUUCGCUGGUGGCGCUCCUAGCGGAUUACUGGAAUUAUCUUUCACCGGUAAUUUUUAAAUUUAUUAUUUAAUUGUUAUCGCUUAACAUUUACAACGCAAAAAAUUAAUCAAAUUGUAAUCGAUUUUUUUAAGAUUUUGCUAAUCAUUUUGACGUUCUAUUGAUAAAAUAUGAAUUUCUUACUUCGGAUACUUUCACAAUUAUCGUGUAGAUGGCGCUAAGAUUUUUAGAUUAAAUUAUAAUUACAUAUUACGGAACAUUAAAAAAACUUAAAUUCAGUAUUUAAAACGUAAGUAUAUUUAAGGUAAAAAUAUAUACCACAGCUUUGACCAGCUAAUACUUUUUAUAAUUAAUGUUUUUAAUUUUAAUUAUACAUUAAUCACUUUGACAUUUAUGUCAAAUUUCCGGUAAACGUUUACAGACUUGCCACUACUGGCGCUCGAGAAUUUGUAAAUAUCCCCUCUACGUACGAGCUCACAGCGGAUAUUUAUUUGAUAAUAAUAAAAUAUGAGUUUUUUUUUUGUAAACUGGGGUUCUUUUAACAGCAUUAAAUAACGUUUAUCAGUAAUAUUUCUGGAAUAUAAUUUUUGUGCAAGUUCCCUAUUAAGUUAUAUCAGUGUGCGUCUAGUCGCUGUGAGCCGAUGAGUAGAAGGGAUUUGAUAGCUUUCGCCAGCGCUGUUAGUGGCAGUUUUGUGUAUUGAAUUUGAACAAUUUUAUCAGAAAAGUACAAGUUUCAAAACGCGAGAGAGCGCUACCGACGAAACCCACAGCCAAUAAAAACCUUAGAAUAUAAAAUAAAUCAGGAAGGAGUACAAUGCGAAAUGACUACGAGUCAGGAAGGAGGUUGCAAAUGGCGGUCAGCUGUCAGAUUUACUUUCUAUCUCCAGUGACGUACCUUUGAAAGAGGGAAGAAAAGAAAUUCUUAACGAUUUUAUUACAUCUUUGAUGUUAAACAAACAGCUACAGAUCAAGAGAAAAUACGUAUUAAUAUAAUAUUUUGUUGAAAAGUCAGUUAAAUAACAUUUUAUUAUACUAAUAACUUCAGUUAAUUGAUUGCAUAUACAGGAGCUUUACCAGAUGGUACGCCUAUGCACACAGCUGAUCCAAUACACAAACCUUCUACCUCGUUGACAAAAACUUAUGAGUCAUCCACAGACGUUCAAGAUGGCCGGUUCCGCUAGAAAUUUAAGGUGUUGUUGAUAUAUGAAAGACUCCUUCCUGUUUUUUUAUAUUCUAAGAUAAAAACAGAGGUAACCUCUAAAUUUCACAUAAACUUCUUCUUUUUCUAAAUGGCCUCUUGCGCAAGCAGUCAUCCAGUCGCACGAAUGUAUAUAUUAAAUAUUAAAAUUCUGUACCAUUUGAUCAGAUGAUGUUAUGUCCAUUUUUACUAUUUUAUAGGAGAGACAAAAAACCGUUUAUGGGAGUUUGUGUUUAAGGUUUUACCUAUGAAUGAGCAAUUUUCAGAAUAAAUAGAUAAAUGAAUCUAUGUGAUAUGUUAUAAUUUAAUUUAGGGACUCGAAAAAGCGCAACAAAAAUUUGAAAAUAAAAGAGAAAUUUGAAAAAAUUGCAAAUUAUCAUGUUUUGACCAAAUGAUUAUUCUCAAAGGAUAUCACUUAUAAUCUUCCCAUGCUGGAAUUAUUUGAUUUUUUUGUUUAAUUUCUUCUUCUUGUUCUUGAUAUCAUCUUCAUGUUUUCACUAUGUCUUCAUCCGCGAUAAAGGUUAGCAAUCAUCACUGCUAUUCUAACUUUCGACACUACAGUCCGAAAGAGUUCAGUUGAGCUGCAUACAAAACAGGAUAUUUUUCUCCUACUAUGCUGCGCCUUCCUUGAAUCUUUUCCUGCAUUAUUAAUUUUAAGAAUUCAUAUCUGUCAUCAUGUGUUAUCCCAGAUAUUGUAGUUUUCUUAUUUUGAUGGAAUCCAGUAUCUCCCUGUUGUUCUCUAUUCUUCUUAGUAUUUUUCAGUGGUUAUUCUGUAUGUCCAGGAGAUUCUCAGCAUUGUUCGAUAUGUCCACAUUUCACAUACUUCCAAUCUAUUGAGACAUUGUUUAUUAAGAGUCCUUGUCUCCACAACAUACAAAGGAACAGAAAAUACAUAAAACUUUAAUACUCGCUUUCUAAAAUUUAGGCUGAGAUCUCUACUAAAAAAUAUUUAUUAGAGUCGCUAUAAUUACCACUUAUUUAUUAUGUAAACCACAAAUAUCGAUGUAACCUUUUUCAAAAAGUUGCUAGUUUCUUGUACGAAGCAGAACGUAAGUAUUGCCACAUUUUUCUUUAACCUAGUCACAAUUUUAACCUUUUGCAUUCAUUUUAACGUGGAAAUACUUCGUUCUAGGCACUGAGGAUGAUCUGAUUCAGAUUGAAAACGUUUUGCAAAUCCUUUUGGAGGACUUUUAUGUUUUUUAAUAAAACUUUUUAUACCAAUAUACAAAAGAAGUUUUUACUUCUGUAUGGUUUUUUAAAAAAUAUUUGUUUCAUAUUAUUGAAUGCACUAAACAAUGAAUUAAUAAAACUUUUUUUUUAUUUAAAUUUAUGUGUCUCGCCAGCAAUGGCCAUUGACACAAACAAUAUUGGUUAUACAAUAAUUAAUUACAAUAAGGACUUAAAACUAAAUAUUAUAACAGUUAAUUUCUAAAUCUUAAAUAACAUUAGGUAAAAAUUAUGAAGAAAAAAAAUUGGAUAUACAAUCAUUGGAUACUAUAGAGACGUACAACUAAUUAUAAAAUUGCUUCGGUCUUCUUGGGAUACUUCGGACGUUGUUUAGUCAUAGUAGCAGUUGCGUAUGAACUAGUAAGAUUACUGGAAGAAUUGGUUCCAGACAUGGUGUUGCUAACAGUGGGGGAACAUUGAUUUAAAAAUUGUUACUCAUGUAGUCAAAAGUAACUUGAAUUUGUUUAUAUUAACGCUUUGGAUGUCUAAGUGAUAACCUUGGAUACAUCACUGCAAUACUGGUUGCCUAACCGUUGGCGUCCGUUGGGACGGGAUAGCAACAGUGAACAACUAUUGACAGUUUGACAAUGAGUGUGUUUAAUUUGGAAGAUUAUUAAGUAAAACAUCUCUUACUGACCGAAGUUACAGCUUGUUCUUGAUGAUUAACACGUAACACAAUUGCUAUUAGUCACUAUUUGAGCGAAAACUAAUUUUGAUAACUAGUAUUUAUAGUAAUAAUUACAAAUUUUGGCACCAAUUUACAGAUCGAUACAUACACGUUCUGACGUUAGUUUGACAGACCUAAUAAAACUUAAUUCCCAAAAAUACCUAUUUGUGACUUGUGAAAAAGUGACUUGUGCUAACACUUAUCACUAUUUGACCAUAAAAUAUGAAAAAUGUAUUUUGAUCAUUGUGUGAUAAGAAUACUUAUGAUAAUCUAAUCACGCAUAAACAAAAAAUGUGCACUUAUCAUUGAAUAACCAAUGUUGUCAAUCAAAUUAUAUUUGUCGUUCAUUUAGCAGCCUCUGGCUAAACGAAAAGAAUGUUGUUUUAAUUAUUUUUGCACAAUCAACACAAAAUGAUAAAAUAUGCAGUUAGCACCGUCUGACCAAAUGGUACAGAAUUAUAAUGAAUAAAAUAAAAAAACAUAAUUACUUUUACUAUUAAUUCUGUACAUUCGUUCAGUAAUCAGGUUACAAUAAUAUUUCAGUUCAUAAUUUGUGUUUUUAUAGAUAAAUAUCUGUUUUUCUCGUUUUGUAUGUUUCACAUAUAGGUACCAAUUUUAUCAGAAAAGUACAAGUUUCAAACCGUGAGAGAGCGCUAACGUCAGAACUCACAGCCAAGAGAGACUGUUGCCAAGCCCGGAAGCAGCGCCAUUUAUUGCCCAAGUCGCGCGACUGACGUCACGAAAAUAUAAAUUUACAUAACUGUCAGUUAUUGUAAAAAUGAGAAUAACAGACUUAUUAAUGCAAUUAUAAUUAUAACAAUAAUUAAUAAAUAUUUUUCUCGAU